AUGAAGGUGUUGUUCCGUUGCACGCUGGCUGCAUGGGUCGCGUCGCUUUUGAUCGUGAUCACUCCGUCCCUAAGCGUCAUUGGUACUGCGACUUUCUUUGCAACUCUAGUACUCUUCAUGGUACCUCCGACCGGCAUUGUUUUCAUUUUCCUCUUAGGAACUCUGACCGUGAUCAUUGGUAUGGCUUUGGGCUGGGCCUGGGGUGUCAUCACCAUGAAGGCUGCGAUGGCAGCGAGACCAGCGGCCGAGACCCAAGCCAACCUUCAAGCCUUAGGACAGGCCGCAUACAGCCAGGCCAAUUCCACCGGACAGGCCGUGGCAGAUGUCCAGAAGGAGCUUAUCUACAACGGCUGGAUGCUUGACGCUCGUGUCACAGUUGUCUAUUAUUGCCUAAUAUGUUUAUUCAUCUACUUAAUCUCCCGUCUUCGGGCUAAGAACCCCAAACUCAUUCUUUUACAGAUUCUCGGAAUCAUCAUCAUCGAUGUUACUCUGACUAUUGGCCCGAUGCUUCCAUAUUUCAGCGGUACUGUCCCUAAGGUCUUGAUCGAGCCUGCCGCUAUUGGAAUUGGGUUGGGCCUGGUCUCCCAUUUUAUCUUCUUCCCUCGGUCUACCUCCCACGUCGUGCUUGAUGGCAUGGAGGGGCUGGUGCGGUUACUCAAAGGGCCUGUGGACGUCACGGAGAACACUCUUCUGAAAGGCCAAGUCUUGGAUAUGGUAGAUCUUCAAAGAAUCAAAGGGCAAACCAUUGCUGCUUACAGGAAUCUCAAGCCGGCCAUGGCCUUUCUGCCGUUGGACUUCUCUGUCGGUUGGUGGGGUGCUGACGACAUCAAAAGCAUGAAGAAACCAAUACGACAGGCUUUGGUGAGUAGUCUGUCUCUUCUGGAAGUUCACAUCGCCCGCAUCGGCGGAGAAGCAAAGUUCAAAAAGCUGCACCAGCUCACCGUGGAUCGAGACUCCGACUCUGAUUCCCAAGCGAAUGGAAAUGAGAAAAAACGCCCACGCGAGGUUGGCAUGCGCCAAAUGAUGGAGGGUGUUAAUUUGGUACAAGCAAUGCGAAGCCCGGAACAUGAAUCUAUGCGAUCGGAAACAGUCGAGGUAUUGCGCAAGUCCAGCAAGGAUAUCCUCCCGGCGUGUCAGGAAGCUGUUGAGAUCAUUGCAGAAUCCAUUAACACGGCCAACAAGCGUUGGUUCGGUCGCCCUUCCAAAGAACGUCUCAAUCAGUUGCACGAGCGCAGUCAGACUGUACUUCAGAAUCUUCAGGCCCUGCGCACAUCGUUCGCAUCGGAAACCACCGAACGUCUGAUUCAAACACACGGGGAGAUAUUCGAUGAAAAAGGCAUGCUCAAGGCCCUUGACAAAACUUCAAUGCCCAGAGUCAGGGGUAUCAUGAUGGGGAUGGUCUUCGAAGAGCAGGUGCUCGGUGUCGCCGACGGGUGGGAGCGGGUCCUGCGACAACUUGUCGUCCUUCUAAAGGAGCGUCAGAAGAUCCGUUUGUGGCUACCCAAGGGCUUGCGAUACGCACUCAACUGGGUAUGUCGUAAAAAUGCCGUGGCGCCUAUACCCGCGGCUGAUGACCCAAUCGUCGACCCCGACGUCGCAGAGACGCAGUCCAAAGCGGCACAGCUUCAUCUUCGCAUGAGCAGAGGGUAUCGUGUCCACCGAGGUAGCAGCUUUGGGCGCGCUAUCAUCGGCACAUAUCAUUGGUUUAUCAACCCUGAAGGUCUUUAUGCAAUGCGCAUGGUGGCUGUUACCAUCGCGCUCGCUAUCCCUGCUGCGAUUCCCCACACUGCGGGUUUCUAUUACCGUGAAAAAGGUAUAUGGGCUCUCAUCAUGGGGCAGACCACACUAGUUAUAUACAUGGCCGACUUCACCUUCUCCCUUAUUUGUCGAGCCAUUGGUACUGUUGUUGGUGGUAUCAUUGGCUUAGUUGUGUGGUAUAUCGGCUCAGGUCACGGCCAAGGUAACCCGUACGGUCUUGCUGCCAUCAUGGCUGUUGCGCUCACCAUUCUCAUGUGGGCACGUAUAUUCACGUCCCCUGCUUUCCUUCAAGCUACAAUCAUGGCUGGUGCGACCUACAUUCUGGUUGUCGGUUACAGUUUCGAGGAUACGCACAUCCCAACUUACGGCAAUCCCGGAUGGGGAUAUAGUGUUUUCUGGCGACGACUUGUGCUUGUUCUUAUCGGUUCCGCAGCGGCACUGAUCGUGCAGCUCUUCCCUCGUCCGCCAUCUGCGUCCAGACACAUCUGCAAGUCUCUUUCAAAUGUCAUCCGCUCACUGUCGGACCAUUACGCGCUUCUCUUAUCCUGCUGGGGACAAGGGCGCGAAGAGGGCCUAGCCGCAGAGAAGCUGGCUCUAAAUCUUGCAGAGACUAUCACCGCACUGGACGGGCCCAUCGCCUUGCUGCGCUUUGAAUUUUCGAGCUCACCAUUUGACAGCGAUCGUCUCGGUCAGGUCAAAGCACUGUGUCAAGAACUCAACCAGAACAUUGCUCGCCUACUUUACCUAUCUGCUUCGCUGCCGGAGCACCUACAGAAUCGCCUCGCUCGGCAAGUCGGUCUCCUUGAUCAUCACAAUAUCGGCGACAUCAUGGCUGUUCUCGGUGUGGUUGAACAAUCACUCAAGACGGGUGACCCCCUACCCGAGAUGCUGCCAACGCCACUGCUCAACCGUUGCCACGAUUACUGGAAGUCGCACCAGACAGAUAUUAUCCUGAGCGAGGAGUUGAUCCGCGACGAGAACUACCGCCGGUUCUGCGUUGCCAUCAGCGCAUACCUCAAGUUCCUAGCUGCCGUGGAUGACCUAGUGCUCGUGAUGAAGGGCACAUUGGGUGAGUCGCACAUCGUCAGCCGCGACCUGCUCCACGAGCCGAAUGUAUAA